GUGCUCCUCUCACUGGGUGAUGGGCGAGUGGGUGUGUGCUCAUUCAUAAAUACAAAUAUCUUUAAAACCUCCAAAUUAAAGGGAAGACCGAGGAAUCGCUUGCGAGCUCUUUGUCUCAUGGACCACAUGAAUUAUACUUAGGGGGGACACUCUCUCUGGCUUGGACCAUGAGCAAUGAGUCUGCCGUAUGGACAAACCUAACAGAACACCCUACAGAAGUCCCCCUGUCAACAGGGUCACAGAAUGGCUAUGUCCUCCUGCUGGUCCUCUUGUCCAUCUUUGUUGGGGGGACACUGGUCCUGCUGUCUAUCCUUCUGAUUUUCUGUCGCCACUGUUGUGAGGGGGACAGGCAUCAUGCAUGGGCUAGCGAUGACGCAGAGAAAAGUAAUACCACGUAUAUUGAGGAGGCUCAGCCAGUGCAUGAGAUUACAAUUCGCAUUGAUGAGUCAGACUGCCUAUCGGCAGCCAGCACCCACGACAUGGAGACGGAGCGUUUCCUCUCCACAGGCACCACCGGCCGGCGGGUCUCCUUCAACGAAGCGGCGCUCUUCGACCACAGCAAGAAGACGCUGGAGAAAGGUCGAAGGUACACGCUCACGGAGGGCGACUUCCAUCACUUAAAGAAUGCACGGCUCACCCACCUCCACAUCCCUCCCCCCUCCCUCCAGAUACUCACCAUCCAUGAGUGUGAGUCAUCAGAGAACAAUAUUGCCAUGGCAACGCCCGCCACUAAAUCCAGCCUCUCAAUUUUUCAGCCGCCAGUGUGUUCACUGCCCAAGACUGCCCUGACCAGCCGGAGUCUCAGUCCCAGCUCUGCUCUUCCUGGUGACGCUCUCAAUUCUAUAGUGGGCACAAAGUUCUGUGAGAGCAGUGCAGUACCCGGUCCUGAGCCCACCAGCCCAUGUCUAAUGGAGGUAAGAGGAGGGGUCGCUAGGAACGCAGGCAUCAUCGGCAAUGGUAGAGAUGGCACGUCUGCCUCAGCUACAGCCCUGUCGUCUUCUGGAGGGGCCCCACAGGGGCCCAUGCUGCAGUUCUUCACAAAGCUCCGUCGGCAUGCCAGCCUGGAGGGAGCGAGUCCCUAUUUAAAGAUCAAGAAAUGGAAGUUUGACAGCACCCAAAGGGCUUCAAGUCUGGACAUGAGAGGCUCUCCCAAACGAAGGCAGUUCCAGAGGCAACGUGCAGCCAGCGAGAGCAUGGACCAGGAAGAACAUGAAGCCCAUCAUAUCGACCUCAUCCAGUACAUUGCUCGCACCAAGGAUGUUACCUACUGCCCAAACCGGCCCAGCCCACGUCUCCUAUCUUCCCCUUCCACACCCCCAUCCUCCCUCGGCAGGUUAGAGGUGGAGGUGAUGGUGGAGCCCAGCUGCAGCAGAGUAAUGGGCCCAGGGGUGAUCAGCCUCCCCUUCAAGCCCCCUCCAGAUGAGAGUCUUGGAAUGGGCUGUUGCCAGGACAGCUUAGAACCUCAGACCUUGUACCGUGAUAUCUGGAAUCUUCGUGCCUCUCUUGAGCGGUAUGUCUCCUCCGAUCAGAGCAGCAACAAUGACAAAGAAUCAGUCCGUAGUGAUGCAGACAGUGUAUGUUCUCUAGGGGGUAAAACAGAGAUGGGAGUGCUGCCUAAAUACCCUUCACAGGAUAUUGGAGAUGAGAUGGAGAGAGAUGCCGACUUGCUUGUAGAUGAAGUUCUGGAGAAAGGAAACAAGCAGGAUAGUGUAGAUUCUGAAUGGGGAAGUGAUGGCGAGUCAGGAACCCGCAAGCUUCUACAAAUGGACAGUGGUUAUACAUCUAUAGAAGUUCCUUUACGAGCUCCUGAGGAGCUACGGCUGUUUGGAAGCAGCAGUAGCAGUAAAGAUGAUUUGGCCCUGGAGCACAGGCACUUCUUCAGUUCUGGACGCAAGGGGACGGUUUGUGAGAGCUUUGAUACGGACAUCUUUGAUGAAGAUCUAGAAGAGGAACCUGCAGGUGCUAGUGGUGGCGUGGAUGAAGUGGAAACCAGCCAGAUGUUCACUCAACGUGACACUCAGCCUCAUCCUCCCGCCCUCUCUCGGCGUGACUACAGCAUUGGUGAGAAAACAGAUGCACUUUUCCAUGAGUUCUUGCGGCAUGAUCCGCAAUUCGAUCAGCAGGAGUCUCCGCUACGUUCCAAGCAUCGUUCCCACGUGCAUCUGCGCAAACAGUGGCAGCGUUCCAAGCAGUACAGUGACCCCGGCCAGCGCUUCCAGUCCUCUUUUGACCGGUACCGCACUCCUCUCCGUCGUGGUGAAACUGUCAACUAUCCUCUAGAGACUAGCUACUACAGCACACUCCCACAAAUUAUUAGCGCACCCAAUGAAAAGAGCAGCAAAGGUGUGACCAGCACUCCCAAAACACCCAAGGCAGAUCAGGACACUGCUAGUCAGGAUACUUCUACUGAUAUUGACCCUGCAUCAGCAAAGGACACCAAGCUAUAUUUCAUCACUGACAGCAGUUGUACCAUUAAUGAAAAGGAAGUUCUUGAGGCAUCGCUGACCCCUUCAAUGACUGACACUGCUGGGGAGCAAUCAUUGGGCCAGGAGAACUCUAGACAAGCGCCACUACCCCCUGAGCAUCUGGAAGAAUGUCUGCCCAAACAGCUUUCUGAAACAAGUUACGGCCCGCAGACAAUCACAGAAGAGCUGAGCGACAAACUAGCAGCUACCCUCGAUGAACGGCUGUACUCUGAUCUCUGCAGAACCAGGGCACAGCCUGAGUGUAGUGCGGUGACUGUGACCUACACAUCGCCUGAUCACAGUCCAGUGUAGCAUAUGGCUCCUUUCACCUCCUCAUACAGGGACACUUCACAUCAACUACAGUUCCAAAGUUUUGAUUGCUUUUAAGCUUCGAUCUGGAACAGGUUUGCUAUGGUCAUUUUAAUCAUUGUCAUGUCCUAAAUGGUGGUAGAGACGUUUCUUCCAUGCCCAAAGUUAAAUAUGUGGAGAUUAUGGCUCAUAACUCACAUAGCUCAACAUACCAAGUCUUUAACAAAUGAAAUGUCAAGUCUUUGUUUUUAAAGCUCCAUUUAGAUCCAUUAACAGCCAAUAUUUUCUCUGCACUAGAUAAUCCACUGUGAAAUUGGGUGCUAUUAUAAUUAAGAUUAAUUAUAUUUCAGUGCAUGAAUUAUAUUGCAAUGCACCCUAUCCAGCCUGUGUUCCAAAUGAUUAACAAUCUGUCAAUGUGAUCACCAUUCAAAAACAACAGCAUUACCUUUGUUCUAAAUACUCCUUGUUGAUUAAUGUCCUUAUUUAUCUGAAACACCAUGGCAUAGGUCCAGUUCCUUAUCAAAUAUAGCUUUUGCUUCACAGUGUUUGAAUUAUGAGUAAAAUUAUAUGGAAUAUGUGUGGGGUUAUCUGCACUAUAACAUGAGGUAUGUUAGCUUGUUCCCCAAAUUCGAUACAUUAUUAAGUGUCCUUUAUUAUAUAAUUAUAAAUCAUCAUUUUAUAAUUGAAGUACUGAAUGGCUAAAACUGCCUCUUUGUGAGAGACGCUAAUUUUAUGUCCAUUGUAUCAUUAUUAUUAUUUUGCUUUUAGAGUGAACUAUUUUUGAGUGCAUAGUGCCAAAUUGUCACUGACACAGUCCUGCAAAAUAUGGAUUGUAGCAUUCCUGUUUUUGUACACACUGAUAUGUCUCUCUAAGCGUUCAAUCAGGCCUGUGCCAUCCUGAGACAUUUUCAUUAAUUUGAGGGGGGCAUGUCUUGUCUUGCAUGUAUUUCUCUGAAUUCUGUGUUCAUUAGUACAACCAAAAUUCUGAAGAAGUUGGUAAGCUGGGAUGCUAAUAAAAACAUAAAUGAGUGAUUUGUAAAUAAUAUUCACCCGUUGCUAUAUUGAAAGCACUAAACUAAACAUUAUAUGAUGUUUUACCUUGUGAAUUUUAUAUAUUUUUUAAUGUAUCAAUCAAUUUAUCAUUUUAAUUUCAAAUCAGAUGAUUGCAACAUGCUCCAAAAAAGUUGAGACAGGGGCAAUUUAAUACUAAUAACAAUUUGACAAGUUAAUAUAACAAGGCAAUGUGAAACAGGAGAUGUUAAACAGGUGAGGCAAUCGUGUCAGUAUAUAAGGAGCCUCCAAAAACUGCCUAGUUCUUCAAGAGCAAGGAUCAUUCGAGACUUGUCAAUUUGCCAGCAGAAACUUCUGCUAAUAAUCCAGCGCUUUGAGAACAAUGUUCCCCAAAGGAAGGAUUUUGGGCAUUUCUCUCUCUACAGUGCUCAAUAUAGUUAAAAGAUUCAAGGAAUCUGGUCAAAUCUCGGUCUGUAAAGGACAAGUCGAAAACCACUUCUGAAUGUGUGUGAUCUCCGAUCCCUCAGAUGCCAAUGUCUUAAAAAACAUAAUUCAUAUCAUGAACAUGGGUUUGGGGUUACUUUAGUAAACCUUUAUUAGUCAAUGCCACUUGGCGCUGUAUCCACAGAUGCAAGAUAAGACUUUACCAUGCAAAGCAGAAGCCAUACAUCAACACUGUCCAGAAGCGCUGCUGACUUCUCUGGGCUCGGUCUCAUCUUAGAUGGAAAGUAGAACAGCGGAACUGUGUUUUUGGUCCUAUGAGUCCACAUUUAAAAUAGUUUUUGAAAAACACAGCCGUCAUGUUCUCCAGGCCAAAGAGGAAAAGGACCAUCCAAGCUGUUAUCAGCAAAAAGUCAGUGUCUUAAUGGCCUAGGGGUAUGUCAGUGCCCAUGGCAUGGGUAAUUUGCACACAUGUGAGGGCACCAUUAAUGCAGACAAAUAUGAAAACAUUUUGGAGCAGCAUAUACUGCCAUCCAGUACCUUUUUUUUCCAGGGAUGUCCCAUAAUUUUCAGCAGGACAACUUCAAACUACACACUGACCGAAAAAGCAGAAAGUGCGGGUGCUAGAUUGGACUACCUGCAGUCCUGACCAUCUCCAAUUGAGAAUGUGUGGUGCAUUAUGAAGCGCACAUUACUGGAAUGAGACCCUGCACAGUUGUGUAGCUGAAGACCUGCAUAAUGGAUGAAUGGGGUCAACCUGGAUUUAAGUGCCUUGCUCAAGGACACAAUGGUGGUGGAAGUGGGGAUCGAACCAGCAACCUUCUGAUUAGCAGUUAUGUGCUUUAGCCCACUACGCCACCACCACUCCACUACUAAAUUACUGCACAUUAAAAAAAAAAAAAUGAAAUUCACAAGGGAAAACAUCAUCUAAUGUUUAGUUGUAGUGCUUUCAAUAUAGCAAAGGGUGAAUAUAAUUUGCAAUCACUCAUUUUAGUUUUUAUUAGCAUUUUUCAUACUAUCCCAAACAUUUCUGAAUUGGGGCUGUAUUGUGAAGUGUAGUAAUAAGAUGACCAAGUGAAGAAUCCCAAGAUGUGGACUACUGCACAUGUUGCCUUUGAGGGAAUAAAAUAAUAAAAUACUAAUUUAGUACAUCUUCCACUGCCCAUAAGCCAUUAUUGUGGAUCGUGCUUCUAGGCAAUAUGAAGGCUCCAAUAAAACCAGAUGCAACCCUCAUCUAGAAUUACUGGCAAAAGUGAACGGUGUCAGCUGCUGCUCUGUAUUGAUCAUUCUAGGUUUAAUCUUUCUGGGUUUGAUCUCCAGAGCAUGCAAACAUCUACACAAAAAGGUUCACAAACCGACUCACAAUCACACUCAAUGGUAGUUUUUAGGAGGUCUAUCUUAGUAGUAUGUGAGAGAAAAGGCCAUUGGUGACAAAUCGAGUCUCUUGUGAUGUAAUGUGUACAACCUGUUGGUUUUGCUAAGACUAGUGCCCAUUUUAGGGGCUUUUGAGUAGUAAGCUUACUGGUUCAAGACAGUUUGGACAAAACUGUUGUAAUGUUUAGGCUGCAGCUGAUAUGCCGGAAAUAAAAGACUUUAAUUAUCUAAAGGAACAAUGAGUGAUGUGCAAGGAGUAGUUAACAAUGCUAAAGAAAAGAGAGAGCAGGGGUAUUGUCACCCAAGCUGAUAUUGUUGGUGGACUGAUUCUGGAUCUCACAUGAUUAAUACAAUGCCUUCUUGCGUGUUAACAAGGUUAUAAUAAGAUUUCUGCAAAGCACUUAUUUCUCAUCACCCAGUAUGAGUGUACAUGCAUACUGUAAUUGAAAAGACAAUAUUACCUUUUCAAGUUUAUUACAAAACUAUAUGAAAACAAACAUAAUGCUUUAUUGCGAAAAUGAACAUCUGAAAUGUGUUUUAUAUAAUAUGCAUUGUCAAAUACAAUAUGUACACUAAACUAACUGGAACUUGGUUUUGAAUAACAGUAAUCCUCAUGUCAGGAACCACCAAAUCAGUACAUUUGUACAAAGGAUACAGUAGAGUUGUAUUUAAGCACAAUCAUGUCCCAUUGCAGGCAUUGGAAUAGUCUAGGAUUUGGCAUAAACAUAGUUGGGACUGCUGGGUGAUGUAUGCACUAUCAAACAGCCUGUCUGUUGAUGGAUUACUGUGCAUAGAUUUGCAUGUACCAACAUAUUGUUGUUUAGUAGAUCAAAAUUAUGCAGCAAAUGAGAUGUGACAGAUAUUUUUUGUUUGUCAAGCAGAGAAUGAAAAGAUUGGUAAAAUAUUGUGAUGUAUUUUACAGACUUGAAGUAAUGCUUUGCUGACCAAUGAGAUAAAUGACUAUUGCUGGGUAUAUUUCGAUGAAAGAGAAAAUAUAUUUCUGUGUAAGGUAUAUUUCCAUGGAGAAAUAAAAUCUGAAUAAUAUAUCAUUUAAAUUACUGUCAAAUGGGUAGUUCAACCAAAAAUGAAAAUUUGGUCAUCAUUUACUCACCUCCAUAAAGAAAGUCAGCGAUGACAGAAUGUUCAUUUUUAAGUGAACUACUCCUUUAGGUGAGACAACUGAAAAGAGAAUGCAUGAAUUGUUUGUUUUGUUUAUCUCUUUAUUCUAGAUCUAUUGAGCUUUGAGGGAUGAACCAAUCUAAACAUUUAUUUUCAUGUUAAGUUUUCCAACUAGUCAAUAAAGUAUG